AGUACAUCUCGUGGCGUAGCUAGAGUAAGCAACAUGGCGGCAUGUUCGGUGCGUUACUUCGAUGUUGUUUGCAAUUGAUGCAUCGUCCCUUCGAAGGCACGCCUCGAAUCGAUCGACGAAAUUCGACGAACGACGACGACGACGCAAAUCAUUUAUCGUAUUAGUCUCAAAUGUCGCUUCGUGCUCGAAGAAAUAGACGGACAAGCGUGAAAACUCGAACUGGUCGUAGAAUCGUCAUUCAUGAUUGAGCACGCCAGUGUCGACUAGCGUCGAACUGGACCGAAACGACUUGUCUCGCUAGUAGACCGGAGUUUUGUAUGAGAAGAGUCAAGUCGGUGUUCGCACAUUGCGCGAGAAAACCAAAGGGUAACAUGGUGAAAGGGAGGCGAAAACGCGUGCAAACAAAGAAUAUAGUUCGUACAAGGGCUGCUUUAUCCAGCCAAUGUGAGGCAAAUUCACUGAUGAAGAAGGAGGCCAAGUUGAACGUCAGUAAAAGUGUUAAAAAUGUCAACUCUGGCGAAGUUCAUUCUAUAUCUGAGGAACACAAAUCACCUGCGUGUAUAAAUUCUUUUUUGUAUGCACAAAUUGCAGAUGUUUCUACAAAUGAAGCUUCUACGAUGCCUAUUGAAGAAAACUUUUUCAGAACUGAGGGAACCAGUGAUGUACAAGAUGACAUUCUUAUAGAUGCUGGCCAAUUCAAAACAGAUGAAACACCCGUAGCGGUGCCUAUCCAUGGUCCUUCGACGCCACACAGGAUUAACAUGCCAAGCAGCGAAUUGGAGGAUCUAGAUGACAGAAAUGCAAAUGAAAACAUGCAUAAAAAAUCUGUCGUAACUUCUGCACUUAACUUGGAGCAGCAGUCGUUUAAAAAAUCUGCCAGUCACAACCGUAGAAAAUUAAACAGCAAUCAGUCUGCCAUAAAUCGUUCGAUAGAUUUGUUAAAUGCCAAAAGUACAAAUCACAAGCUGACCGACUACUUUCCAGUACGCCGUAGUGUAAGAAAAUCGAAGAAGGCCGUGUUGGAAGAGAAACAACGUGACAUGGAGAAUAAAGUGCUUUGUCAAGUGGAAGAAGGCCUAGAAAUAAAAUACUUUGCUGGUAAAGGUCGUGGUAUUUUGACAACACGAGAGUUUAUGAAAGGAGAAUUUGUAGUAGAAUAUAUUGGUGAACUAAUCGACCAAGUAACGGCGAAAAAACGUGAGAAAAUAUACGCACAAGACCAGAACACUGGAUGCUACAUGUAUUAUUUUCAACAUCGUAAUCACCACGUCGAUGCAACAGCAGAGACUGAUAAAUUAGGUAGAUUAGUGAAUCAUUCAAGAAACGGUAAUUUAAUUGCUCGGGUCGUAGAAGUGGGAUCGACGCCACAUCUGGUACUUACUGCGAAAGAAAAUAUACCUGUAGGAGUGGAAAUUACAUACGACUACGGAGAUCGAAGUCGCGAAGCAAUUCGUCAUCAUCCAUGGUUGGCAUUAUAGCACAUUAUAGCGUUGGCUUUCAAUUAUUGAUUAGUUACAGUAGCAUGAUAAAUUGUACAGCAGAAUUCGUUUAAUCGGUUUUGUACGUACGUCUUAU